AUCACCUGCACUUCUUUCGGCCACUUUCCUUUCCAAUCCGCACUAUGAUUCAGCGGCGCAACAUGAAUUGUUUGUUUCUGGCAGGGAUUUCCGUUCUCGGCACCCUCUGCACGCAUGGAUCGGUUGAGGGAUUCAGCKCCCAUCCGUCCCUCCCGUCGAAUCCCCUGUGCCGGGCGGCGUCCCCCUCCGCGGUCUUUGCCUCGACGCCGUCCGCCACCGACAACGGAGACGACACGGYCAACAAACCCCCUGCUCCGGUGCUGAACGGAAAGCGAAUCCUGCCCAUCAAGAUCAUGUCGGCGGGACUGAGGGGCCACCAGCUGGCUGCUGCGUACGCCGUCCUGGGCCCCGCGUACAAAAAGGCGGGGGGGACCGAGGGCUGGGAGGCCUGCCAGCACGUUGGCAUCACCCGCGACCUGGGGGAAACCCUGAAGGGCCACCUGGACGAACACGGSAGCGACCGGGUAGCGCACGUCCGCGCCCUUUCCUUUCUGAUUCCGAACGAGAGUGCGAUGGAAUCGAUUGCUUCCGACUGGAGGAAGGAGGCGAUGCAGGCGAAGGGAAUGACAAACUUUGAUCCCAUCAUGGCCGCCAUGGACCUCGAAGACAUGCUGGACGACGACGACGAUUUUGACGACGACGACGACGACGAUUACUUCGAAAUGAUGGCGGGCGCCAUGUCGACCUCUCGCGAAGAAAUGGCGACGGCAAGGGGAAUCGAGGAACCCGUGAAGGAGGAAGAAGACGCGGUCGUGUCUCCAUUUGAUCAACCGACGGUGUACACUACGACAGACGGGGAUGCCUUGCCCUUCAACCAGGAAAACGUGGACAAGGUCCUGGACGAAAUUCGACCUUACCUAAUCUCCGACGGUGGCAACGUCUCGGUCCAGAGGGUGGACGAAGAGACACAGAACGUGUAUCUGAAGCUCGAGGGUGCCUGCGGAUCCUGCCCUUCUUCCACGGUGACCAUGCAGAUGGGCAUCGAGCGGGUCCUGAAGGAAAAUUUUGCCAAUCUCGGUGAAGUCCUCCAGGUAGAAGACGAAGACGAAAAACCAAAGGAACUGACCUACCAGGUUGUCGAGAAGGAAGUGAACCGAAUCAAACCAGCCAUCAUUGCCAUGGGCGGCCUUGUAGAUAUUCUUGAGGUCGAUGCCAUCGGAACAGUAAAGAUCAAAUUCCGCGGAGCGAACAAGGUUCGGCAGGGGCUGGAGAUGGCCCUCCUGGACAUUGAUUUCGUCAAGCACGUCGAAUUYGUCAUGGAAUAAAGAAACAGUGUAGAAAUUGCUAGCCACCGGUUUUGGAAAAAUUCAGUUCUGUUCGAAAUCCUCUAGUCGCAGUAUWCGAGCAC